UGUUACUUUCAUGUGGGCAGGAACACGUCGUUAUCCUUGCCUUUUCAUUCAAAUUAUGAUUGGCGUUCACCUUCUAGGUGCUGCUUUUUAUCUCUUGAAACGCAAAGAUACCAGUUCUUAUUCCAUUCUUCAAGUCAUUCAAAGAUUACAAGCAAAAGAUAAACCUGUCUAUGAUCCUCAUUUUGCGGACCAACCCAGCUCCUAUACAAUUAAGCCGCCUAACCUUCCUUCUUAUGAACUCUCUGUGAAUUUGCCUCCUCCUACCAACACAACAGAACGUCAAGCAGCUGCUUUUAUCGUCUUGGUCCGUAAUUCAGAAUUAAUAGGCAUGCUGCAGUCCAUGAACGACGUUGAGGAACGAUUCAAUCAUAAAUUCAAUUACCCUUGGAUCUUUUUAAAUGAAGAACCUUUUACAGAAGACUUUGUCAGAUUUACCACCAAUGCUGCUUCUGGUAAAACUCAUUAUGGGUUUGUGAAUGAAUCUAUGUGGGGAUAUCCUGACUGGAUUGAUCAAGAACAUGCUGCUCAUCAGCGUGAAAUAAUGAAGAAUUUACCUUAUGGUAAGAGUGAAAGUUAUCGUCACAUGUGUCGAUUUCAAAGUGGUUUCUUUUGGAGACACCCGCUUGUUUUGAGUCUUAACCUGGAGUACUAUUGGCGUGUAGAACCUGAUGUAAGAUACUUUUGUGAUUUGGAUUAUGAUCCUUUCCUUUUUAUGAAGCAAAACAAAAAGAAAUAUGCAUUCAAUAUCUCAUUCAAAGAACAUUCGGGUACUAUUCCUACUCUAUGGGAAACAGUUAAGCAAUUCGCAAGAGAAGCCACAGUCAAAGGAAAAACUUAUUUCCCAAACAAAGUGACAGACAGUAUCUUUAAGUUUCUAUCUCAAGAUGAUGCUCAAUCUUACAAUGGGUGUCAUUUUUGGACUAAUUUUGAAAUUGCAAGAUUGGAUUUAUGGCAUACAGAAGCAUACCAAGAGCUGUUUGAAUACUUGGAUCAUGAAGGAGGUUUUUUUUAUGAAAGAUGGGGAGAUGCUCCAGUACAUUCUAUCUUUGCUGCUCUUUAUCUUACUAAAGAUGAAAUCCAUUUCUUCAAUGAUAUUGGGUAUAAGCAUAGUACUUAUCAGCAUUGUCCUGCUGAAGAAAGCCUUCUUCGUCGGUGUGCCUGUAAUCCUGCUUCCAGUCUAGACUUUCAUGACCAUAUGAGUUGUUUGACUGAAUACAUGGAAGCAAGAAGUUAUGAUUCAGAAAUAGACAAAAGAACAGUGAAUGACAUGCUUUUAUUUUAAUCUAAAUCCAUAGAGGAUAU